AUGCCCACGGAAACUUACUCGUUGGCAGAGGUACUGGCCGUCGCCAAAACGCACCCCUUCUAUAACCCGGAUGUGCAGUAUCCGGCAGAUGCCAAAGCGAUCCAGAGAAUUCGGGAGCUCGUUAACGAGCAACCGGCGCUCAAUCUCCAAGAUCAGCCAUUGCUUACUAAGAACAUACUGUACAAGACAAUCAAACGUCUAACACAUGAUGUGGACUCGCAAAAUACCUAUCGACAUAGUUCAUACACGAGCAUUACAGGUGGUGGCUCCGGGGGGAUCCCCAUGAUGUUCGCGGUAGACGUGCAUGAAAAUCGUCGUCAGAGAGCUCAAAUGGGCAAGUUUCUCAGAAGAUGCGGUGUAAUCGAGCCUCAUGAUUGGGUGCUGUCUACUCAGUUAGCCGGUGGCUUCUAUAGGGCCCUCGAUCUCACAACAGAACUCAUCGAAAAUGCGGGAGGCACUAUUCUGAGCGCUGGAAGCUAUAUGCUACCUGCGGAGGUUGCCCAAGCUCUAGCUGAUUAUCAUGUCAACGUUCUAUCUGGUGACAGCAGCCAGAUAAUUCGAGUGGUCAAUUAUAUCUCUACGAUGACACAACAAAAUCGCGAUCGCAUCAAUAUCAAUAAGAUAAUCUACACCUCCGAGCCGCUUACUGGUCCCCAGCGAGCAUUCAUCAAAAAGGUCCUUGGCGACGUGAAGAUCUUCUCUAUCUUAGGUAGCGCUGAGGUGGGUCCUUGGGCGAUCAGUAUCCCCGAUCUGAUGAAGGAUCAAGAUCCUACCAGUACCACCGACUUUAUCUUUGAUACUCGCAAUGUGCUGGUUGAGAUUUUCCCUUCUUCAGCCUUGCAGGAUACAUCUUUGCCUAGUCUAGAUCCAAUUCUUGAUCCGCUGCCACAGGGAGAGUCGGGUCUUAUUGUCCAGACAUCCCUUCAACGGCUACGCAAUCCGGUCGUACGCUAUAUAGCCGGUGACAUUGGUUCUGUACAUCCAAUCCCGGAUGUAGCCUAUGGUAUGAUCCCUGAAGCCGAAUACCUGCGUGUACUGCGCAUGCAAGGACGCGACCGUCGCUUCAGUUUUAAGUGGUUCGGUAACUACUUUGAGUUCGAGAAGAUUGAUUCCUUCAUGCAGGUCAAAGAACAUGGCAUACUUCAAUGGCAAAUUAUCCUAGGCCAAUUACAGACCUCGCCACAGGUGACUCUAGAAAUGCGAUUGUUCAGAUCCUCGCAGGAAGAGUAUCUCUCCGAUCAGGCUCUUAUCCAGGGUCUGAUGUCUUUCUUUACUGUAUUUCCUGAGAACGAACAUCUGUUUCGAGUCGUGUUUCUCGAGGACCUUGGGGGAUUUGAAAGAAGUGCUACUGCGGAAAAGAUUAUUAAAUUCGUGGAUCGUUGCCAUUAA